CCGUCAGCUGACGGCGCCGCCGCUGGGGGUGGCGGCGGGGGGCGGGCGCCGGCACUCGGGGUUGGCCGCACCGCCGAUCGCAGCCUCUGCCGGGCCUGAGGCCGAGCCGCCGCCGCCAUGCCCUCGGAGAAGAGCUUCAAGCAGCGCCGCACCUUCGAGCAAAGAGUUGAAGAUGUACGACUGAUCCGAGAUCAGCAUCCGACUAAAAUACCGGUGAUCAUUGAAAGGUACAAGGGGGAGAAGCAGCUUCCAGUUUUGGAUAAGACCAAGUUCCUGGUACCAGAUCACGUCAACAUGAGCGAGCUAAUCAAAAUUAUCAGGCGACGCCUGCAGCUGAACUCCAACCAGGCCUUCUUCCUCCUGGUGAACGGACACAGCAUGGUGAGCGUCUCCACGCCCAUCUCCGAGGUGUACGAGAGCGAGAAGGACGAGGACGGCUUCCUGUACAUGGUGUACGCCUCUCAGGAGACUUUCGGAGCGCAAUCUUCCGUCUAGGACACGCAAGCGGCUUCUAGCCUAGGAUUUCGGUUGACCCUUGGCCAUCACCCCCACUCUUCCCCACACGCACCCCAGGGAAAGAAACGGAUGUCACCUACGCUCUCAGUACCUUAGCAUAGUCUUGCUUUAGCAGGUGUCUUAUCUUACCUUGCCUUGUUUGUGACUAUUAAACAGUACAGACGAGCGCCUCCAGCUUUGAAACCUGCUGUCAUAUUCCACACAGGCACAUUUACAUUUCUGGACUUGACGAAUGGAACCCAAUUGUGCAUGUGACGCUUGCAAAUAAAGGGACACUCGAUUGACUUUAACGAGCAAACGGGCACCAGUGAGGAGCUAAAGUGUUUCAUGUGGCAGUUUUCUGGAGAAUCUCCCUAUGAUUCCUUAAAGCUUUUCUUUUUUUUUUUUUUUUAAUGGGAGGGCUUCUAAUGAGAGCAAACGUGUUUUAAUGUUCCAAAGCGGAGCUCUGCCUUCUGCAGCUCGGUGAGAUCUGCGUCGGUGCUGCAGCGCGUUAAGGCGAGCGCUUGGGGUGAGCCGGGGGAGUGCAGCUCCUCGUCUCCUCUUCUUUUGGCACCGCUGACUUAGGGACGGCGCCGCUUUCUGAAAUAACUCAUACCAAACACCACAGCUUUAUUUAGAGUUUUAGGAAGCGUUAAAUGUAAAAUACGCACCUGGACAGGUAACACUGAAAUAAACUCCAGUCUGUCGUCAAUUUCCAACGCCUGCGUGUUCAGUGAAACGCUGUUGUUCGUAGGGGCUUGCUUCCAAAAGAUCCACCCUCCGAGCUGCAGGUGGCUGCUCCCCGGCCUGGGAGGAGGCGAAGGGCACGGCCGCCUGCAGGGUGGCUGGUGGGAAGCGAGCUGCUGCGUGUAAAGCCAGGCGGACGGCUUUGUUAACACACCUCCAUCCUGAGCGCGGGGCUCAGACGUGCUGCUGGCAUUAAGAACCCGCCCUGCCGCUUGUUUUGCAUGUUGCGGGCAGAGCCGCUUCCUAAGGGCUCCUCACGGCCGGGAGCUGGUGCCGGGAUGUGAGGAACAAAGCGUUUUUUCCAUCGCCGAGUCUCCUGCCUGGAAGCUCGGUGUGGCUGCUGUCCUGAGCGGGGAGCAGCAGAGGAAGGCUGUCUGCUAGGCCCGGUGUUUUUCCUCUAGAGUCGUCGUCAAGUGAAGCGUAGCAGGAUGAGAUUCCUCUUGUAUAUUACGUGUCUGUGAACUAACUCCAUCUGUUACUGGAAGCUAACUUACUCUAAUGGGGGGGGGGGAGAAGAAGCAAUACUACUGCGUCUUGGCACUCGAGCUCAGUAAGGUGUACAGUUUGUACCUACCUACACCUCUUUGCAUGCAUCUCGUUCACAGUGCUUACUUCAUGAUUUUUUUUAAUGUUCUUUGUGUUUUUACUCCGGCGUAAACUUUCAAACGCAGCUCGUUCUCCGUUUAGUUUCGUUCGUGUAAGGAACUGUUUAACUCACGACUGACAACCAGACCUGUAAUUACAAACGUGAUCGACUGAUAUUCCUGUACAAAUGUUGCUUUUUUUAAAAAUUAAUACAGUGCUGAUAGGGAUGGAUCACAUCCCAACUUAA